GUAGAAGCAAGAUGGCGACUAAAACAAGCAAAGAGGGUCCUCCGUUUGAUUGUCCAUCAUGGGCAGGGAAACCGCCCACGGGGCUCCAUCUCGACGUUAUGAAGGGAGACAAGUUAAUAGAGAAAUUGAUAAUAGAUGAAAAGAAGUACUACCUGUUUGGGAGGAAUCCUGACUGGUGUGACUUCACCAUCGACCAUCAGUCCUGCUCACGUGUUCAUGCUGCAUUAAUCUACCACAAGCACCUGAAAAGGGUCUUCCUUAUAGACCUUAAUAGCACACAUGGUACUUUCCUUGGACACAUUCGCCUAGAGGCCCACAAACCUCAGCAGGUUCCCAUAGACUCUACUCUAUCUUUUGGGGCUUCAACACGAACCUACAUCAUCAGAGAGAAACCCCAAACCCAAGGCAGUGCUGGUACAGGAGACAAUAAGACGGGCGACGAUGAGGAGCUGAAAGGACUACUUGGGCUCCCAGAAGAAGAAACAGAGCUGGAUAACCUUACAGAGUUCAACACUGCUCACAACAAGCGCAUCUCCCUCCUGACGAUCGAGGAAGGCAAUUUGGAAAUCCAGAGGCCCAAGAGGAAACGCAGAAACUCCCGAGUCACCUUCAAUGAGGAGGAUUGCAUCAUUAACCCAGAGGAUAUUGAUCCCUCAGUAGGACGCUUUAGAAAUAUGAUUCAGACUGCUGUCAUCCCCAUUAAGAAACGGAGAUCAGAUGGCCAAAACACUCUGGGUCUUGAAGACCUGGCUUCAAAGCGCAUCCAUGCCUACAGCCUGGCUAGCGGUCUCUAUGGGGACUUGCCCCCCACCAGUCAUGAGAACCAGCCAACGGGAGCACCGGGAGGUGCUGCAAUGCAAGGGGGACUUCCUCUGCCAUUCCCUAAUCCAGCCCCAGAGGUAGACCUGGCCCCAGAGGCUCCACACCCCCCUAUUGCCCUCAACCCCACACCGGUAACAGCCCCCUACCUACCAGAGGCGCUCAACGAGCCUCGCAAAAAGAAGUAUGCCAAAGAAGCUUGGCCAGGCAAGAAACCCACCCUUUCCCUACUCAUUUAACCAGUUUUGUAAAGCUGGUGACUCUCAGGUUUCCAGCAGAUACAUCAGGGACUGUGACCUGGCAGAGGUGGUCGUUCACUUUUUUUAUUUUGUAUUUUAUUUUUGUUUUGUUUUGUUGUGUUACUCUUUGUAAUUAAAAAUAUCCUCCACA